AUGGAAAAACGAUUAGAAUAUGAAAAAAAACACUAUACAGAUAUUAUCAAUGAUUUAAAAAACAAAAUAUGUUCAAUAGAAGAUGUAAAUCAAGCAACGUUUACAUCGUAUUCUAAAACAAUGAGGUAAAAAAUAUAUUAUUUAGAAAUAAAACGUAAUAUUAAAAAUACAAAAAAAACGCAACCCUUCCACCAGGACAACAAUGAAAAAAUACUAAUUAACGAGUUGCUAUUUAUAUAUUUUUCGUUCGAAAAAGUUUUAUUACUUAAUGAAUCUAAACAAAAAAUGUCUAAAACAAGUCGUCACCUUGCUUCUACUUUAACUAAAAUAUUAUAUAUUUCCUUGCAAUACAAACACAAAUAUAUGUGUACUUAAUAGCUUAUUCAGCGAGAAGCAUCUUUUAUUUUCAUACACUCAAAUCAUUUUUAAAUGAACUGUUUCAGCGAUUUGAUGAACCUUCAAAUGAAAUACAAUUGUAUAAAUAAAGUUAUUAAAACUUGUUCUGCAACAUAUAUCAAAGCAUCUAAUUUUGUAAAUAUUUGUCAGCGAACAGGCAGGAGUUUGGAUUUCCUAAUUAAUAACUCUAAAUCUAUGUUUUCAGCGAAUAUGGAAAAGUGGUAAUAAUAAUAAAAUAUUUGAGCAAGAAGAAAUAACAAUGUCUAAUAAUAAUUAUUAAUUAUAUAGUUAUUUAAGAAAUUAAAUUAUAAACCCAUGAAAUAGUUGACACAAAAAAUAUGUUGAUAAUAUUGUAAAGAAAGAGAAAAAUGAUUAUAAAAUAAAAUAAAAUCAUAGAUGUUGAUUUUAAAUAUUUUAAAAUUUCUGUUGUAAAAUUAAUAAUCAGUAGCGCCGAACCUAAUUUAAGGGGUGGGUAUAUCCCCUAGAAUUGGUAGUUUUUAAGUGUAAAACAUUGAAUAAUUCUAUAACUAAUAUAAAAAGGAACCGUGGACAUAAUAUUACAAAUAACGCAAACUUGUCGAUUCCUAGACUGUCGUAACGUGCAAUAUGUGAUUGCGUUAGAAAAAGUAGAUAACUAUUUAAUUAAUAGUAUUACCAUAAAUAGUCAAUAGUACCUAAUACAUUUUAAAUCUACAACAGUGGCUACAGCUAGGAUACACUGGCUAUACAAAGUGAAUAAGUAACGAAAAACGAUUUGAAGCGAAGUUCGGUUAUACAUGUUUUGAAAGGCCGUAAUAUUUACGAUUUUUAUUAAACUUUGAUUUUAAAGCAUUUAUAAAAACAAAAAAAUACUACAUUACACUAAUGUUUUUUACCAUUAAGUACGAUUUGUGGUAAUGUCGUAACUCUCAGUCAAAUUUUCAAGCAUUUCUGUUUAGUCUAACAAAUUUAUCUACACAGUACCUACCAAAUAAAAAUUAUGUACAACCCUCACAAAAUUUAAAUGUCUAAAAACAGCUCAAAAAUGGCUCAACAAUUUUGAAAAUUUAUCACGUUUAGAAAAGGCAAAUAUAAUUUUUCUUAAGUAAAUAAAUAUAGUAAAUAAAUAUUUAAAUACUAUUAAAAAAUGCAUAAACGUGUUAAAGAAAAAAUAAUACACAACUCACCAAAUAAUAUUGUUAACUAUUGUAGUGUGAAGUGAUCAAAAUAAAAUUUACAUUAAUUCAGUUUUAGAAGAAUUACAUAUUUACAAUGAAAUAAAGAAAAAUAAUUUUAAUAAUAUUUUAAAUGUUUAAACCUAUUUUAAAAAAAAUAUCUUAUAUCACUACAUUUUAGAUAAUUAAUAAUAACCAAAUUAUUUAUAUUUCUUAACAUAUCUAUGUCUAAUAACAAUUUUAAAUAAUCUCUCUUAUUGAAAUAAAUUUUUCUAUAUUCUAUGUAAAACGACCAAUUUGAAAAUUGUUUUUUUCUAUAUAUUUCUUCAUUUAAUUUUUAAUAUUCAGUCGCGUUUUACAUUUUGACUGUGAUAUACCUGGUGAUAAAUUUUUAAUUCGAAACCGGUUGUAUAAUACACUUAUCAUAAUACUCCAGGCAACGCAUUUAUUUAUUUAUUUAUUUUAUUUUUAUAUACAAAUUUUGUAUUUACAUAUUAUUUACUAUAUUUAUUUACUUUAUUUAUUUACGAGUAUUAACCAUUUUAAUAAUUUUGUUUUUACUUUAUUAUUUUAUUAUAAGUUUUCUGUCAAAAUAUUAAAUCUUUACAAGUAUUUUUAACUGAAUUACAACAAGAAACAAAAAUUAAAAAUAAUAAAAAAAAUAAUUUAAUAAAUUCUUCCGUUCUUUCUACGUUUUUUUUUUUUUUGGUUUUAUUCAAGUAUUACAAAAACUACUUGGAAAAUCAGAAAACGAAUUACUCACAAACUAGUUUAAAAAUUCAACAAAAAUGUAUUUGUUAUUUUUCGAUUGGAGCAAUAUUUCUGGUUGAAACAUAGUUUGCAAAAAUUAAAAACAGUGAAAUCGAUUAUUUUAUUAAAUAUAUUUACCGGUUUACUCAUAAUUUUGUUCCUGAUUUUUCCCAAUUGUUUGAAAAUUCUUUGAAAAAUCAAAAAAUUAUAUUUUUAAAGCACCAACAAAAGAAAAUUUCCUUUCAGAAAAAAUGCUCUACAUUGGAACAAGAUCUCUAGUAGAAAAGUUGUUUACAGACGAAAAAAAUAUUAAACAUCUUAGUAAAACCAAUAUAACCCACGCUAUGCUUUGAAUUUAAAAUAUUUAUAAGAAUAUUAAUCAAUAUUAAUCAAACAGUUUUAAUUGGUAAGUACUGUAUGGUAUUUAUAAUGUAGAUAAAAAUAUAAAUAACUAAAUCAGUAAUUAUGUCAAAUGUCAAUAUUGGUUUCUCACAAUCAUAUAAAUAAUUUGUAUGCUAAUAAAAAAUUAGAGUAUCUAUUUAUACAUUAAAAUAUUAAAUAAAACAAAAAUGUAAACAUUAUUUAGUUAUAGAUAAUAUAAUUUUUGAAAACAUUAUUUUGUAAUUUAAGAAAUUGGUAGCUGGUAUAGAGGGCUUUGCAUGACUUUGGUUUAAUACCACGUAGAGGUAAGUGGAAAUAAAUGUUCAUUGUCACACCUAAAAAAAAUUAGUUCGGCGCCACUGGUUGUCAAUACACGGAGUAAAUAUAAAAUACAAUAAUUUUAACUAAAAAUAAACUUUUCUUGCUUUACCAAUAUUGAUUUGUUUCAUUGUUUUUGAUUUCAAAGUGAAUACUUACCUAUAUUAAGUUAUUAUAUCAUCUGAUAAUAAUAAUAAUAAUUGCAAACAAUUAAUUUUAUGCUAGGGGAUUGUUAACAUCAGAAUGGAAUAUAUUACAAGCUCAAUCUGAUCAAAUAUUAGAUAAUAUUUUCAAUUAUGUUAAUCAAGUAAACAUUAAAUUAAUCUAUUUUAUAAAAUAAUUAGGUAUAUAAUAAUAUAAAUAAUAUAUAAAUUUAUACAAAUUCCAUAUAUUAUUGAUUAUACAGGUACAAUAUUUCAAUUUACAGUGUAUAUAUAUAUAAUAUAUGUAUAUUACUGCGUGAAAUUCAAACUAUGGAUAUAUUAUGGAAAUAAAAUUACCGAACUCCCCUCAAAUUCUUGCACUUUUUUAAGAUGCCAUAAUAAAAUAAUAUCAUGGGACACUCGGGAAAUUAGCCGAAAUUUACUCAUUUUAAAAGUCUUCAAUUUUGGAAAAACCCAUAAAAAGUUCUUUUUUCAAAUGCCUAUCACUUGAUCUCACUAAAGCAAAGUCUACUCGAUCAAAUAGACACCACGCUGACACUAAUUCAACGAUAGAAGUAUUCAGAAAGCGGGCACACACAAAAUAAACUUAUUAUUACUUUGGAGUCCUCGUGUUUAUUUGAUACUGUUGUAUUCCCUGUUAUGCAAAUAUAUCCGUAUGUCAAUAAUAUGCAUACUUCGCUUGAAUGAUAACAUUACGCAGUCAACCACAUAUUUUGUAGUAAUGAAAAUUUAUUUUUUUUCGCGAGUAUCGCGAGUUUACGCGAGUAUCAACAUUAAACUCUGAGAAUUAAUUAGUGACGAGCUUCCUCGUGUACACACACAGUUUGCGGAUUAAGGAAAUUUACUUUUCCGGUGUACAUAUUUCAUUGUUACUUUAUUAAUUUCAAAACAUCAUCCUGAAUUCAGCGUACUUACACCCUCUAUUAUUAUAUUCUAAUUUGUCUGUUAUAAUGGAGCAGCUGUCGAUUACAUCUGUUCAUAAAUUACAAUAAAUACCUAUUGACAGUUAUGAAGUCAAACCACACAAAUAAGAAAAUAACCAAAAAAUAGUAAUAAUAAUGAAUAUUAAUGAAAUGUAACUUUAUAAUUUAUUAAUAUAAUAUUGAAUGUAGAUAUACAUAAAAUAUACAAGAAUAUAUUAUAUAAUCUUAAAUAAACAUACCUCGGUAUUUUAAUUCAAAAUAGUUGUUUAGAUUCAUUAAAAUAUUCUCUACUUGUAGAUUUGUUUAUACCUAACCACUAUACAAGUGGUUUGUAAACCUGACUUUUUCUUACUUAUUAUAAUAGUCAAUAAAAAAAUAUUUUUAGUUGAAGAUUCCGCAUAAACAAAUAGUUUAUAAAAAUUCUUUACAGGCAAUAUGUGAGGUAGUAAUUACAGCAGUGAUAUUUAAACACUGAAAUUAACAAUAAACUAUAUUGUUACAGCAUUUGAAAACGAUUGAACGAUUAUAAUAAGUAAAACAGUUUGCUUGAAUUUAUUCUCGGUAUUUUUUCAUUCGGCGGUAUUUUAAAUAUCUGUUAGUUGGUAAAUUAUACAAGGACUAUGCAACUAGUAUUAAUAUUUUGAUAAGAAUUUGCUAAAUUUGUCUAGGGUAUUUUUGGAUUUUACUAGGACCUCUGUCACCUCCGGGAGAUGUUUCAAAUUUGUGUCAGCACCAGUUCAUUGUCUGAUUCAAAACAAAAUUAUAUUUUUAUGUGUCAAAAAUUAUUUUCCUUCACCAAUUUCAUCUUAUUUGUGCAAUUGUUAUCAAUGUCAAUUGUUGUUUGUAGGAAAAAUAUCGCCCAAUAAGCGUUUUUUUCUAUUAUUGUAUCAAGGAAAAUAAUUUUUUUCAAAAAUCACUAAUAAUGUUGAUGAAUGGGCGAUUGUUGAAUGGGAAGUUAUUAAAUUUAUAGUUGUACGUAAUGAUAAAUAAUUAGUUAUGAAAUACUAUUCUGAGCAAUGUCAAGUAUAUGUGUGUUUUGAAAUACCGUCAUCAUUACAAUAAUUGUCAAUAAUUGAAUUUCAAACAUUUAUAAAAAUAUUUUUUUCUUAGAAACGUUUUUUUACAAAACGCUUAACUUUUUAUUAUCUUAUUCCUUAUUAUUAAUUAUUAUAAACCAUAUAUUUCUGUUCGUCUAAAAAAAAUUCAGAAAUUUUAAAUUCUAAUAGUUUUAGAUUUAGUUUGUAAGAAAUUAAUUUGUAAGCUUCUCCUGAAAAGUUGUAAUUUUAAAGUAACGACCAUUAUAAAUUAGGCCGAAAAUAUAUAAUAAGCUUUAGUCUACACAGCUUUAGUACUUAAAUAUUAUAUUUUUUUGUGAUAUACAAAACUAUAGGAAAAGUAAAGGUUUGAUUACAACUUUUCGUAAUUGAAAUUAUUAUAUCAUUCAUAAGGUAAUAUAAUUACACAAUAGAAUUAAUAUUAUAUUUUUAUAGUAUGUUGAAUUGAAUAAAUUGUUAGAUGAACUGAUUCUGCAGAAAAAAAACAAAUUAGAAGAUUUAAAUAAUAGUAAGUAGCUACAUGUUAUUAUUAGUAUUAAGUAACUUAAAUAUUAUAAUCAUUGAAAUUGCAAUAUUAGUUUAUAACCAUUUUAUAUCAUUACUCAUUAUUAUUUAGCCAUGAAGUUUAUAAUAUGUAUAAUUGUAUAUAAUUUCGACUAUAAAAUAUUUAUCUUAAAUCCAAAACAAUAACACAUUGAGACUGACCGACAAGUUCUAAUUGGAAUGAAUUAUAGUAUACUGUAAAAUUUUUCAAAUAUGUAUUUCAGAAUACAUUAUUAUAUUUUGGAACACUUAAGUUUUUAUUGCAUCAUCUUUAUACAUUUUUAAAAAUUACCAAAACAAGUUUUGAAGUUUAAAGCUAAAAAUAAUGAUGUAUAACUAAAGAACUACAAUAAUAUAAUAUCUUAUCACAUUUCUAUUUACAUUAAUGAUUUAUCUCAAAAUACAAUCACGAUCACUUCACGCAUUUGCCUCGGGUAACAUACUGCAUUAAGGCAAAUCGAUUACUGUCGAUAUUAAAUUCAAUUAUUUGGCCAAUGAAUCGUGAUCAACAUAAUAAUAUAUAUUAUAAUACGUGCGUAUUAUAAAUUCUCUACGAAAUAAAUAUUUAAAACUAAAAAAAUUUAAAUACAUUUAUACGAAAUACGAAUAUUUUACAACACUAGCAUUAUGUAAAUGAUAUUCAAUUAUUUUUUUCUGUGAAGGGGAUUUUGAUGAAUAAUGAAGACUCCUUCUCCCCAAAAAAGAUAUUUUCACAUAUCUUAAAUUAGAUGAAAUUUAAAUACAAAACCUAAUUUUUCCUAUUUGUAUUUAUUCGAAGUGUGUGGAAUAUCAAUAGCUUAUUUAAAAGAUAAUUAAAUACCUGUAUAAUAUUUGAAAAGUUUUUUUUUUUUUGUAAUUAAAAAAAAAAGGUCCGAUUAUUUGUUUUUCCGACCUCACAUAUUUCUAUAAAAAAAAAAAAUAAUGACCCAAUGAUUAUAAAGCCUAUGUUUUUUUUGUAUUAAUAAUUAUACACAGAACUUAUGAAUAAUGCAUAAUAUAUCGUAGAUAUUUUAUUAAGCUCUAUAAAUUAUAAAUAAAAUAAUAAAAUAGCUUGUGUUACAUAAAAUAAUUUCUUUUAGACAGUUUAUAUUUUCCGGAUACUUGACCAAUAUUUCGUUUAAAAAAUAUUUUCUUAAUACUGAGUGAAAUGAAAAUAUAACAAAAUUAAUAAAAUCGAACAUCGUAUUAUUAGUAUUAUUAUACGAGACCUAAAGAAUAUUUUCUUAAAUUGCAGUUGAUCCUCUUUUUAUUAAGUGUAUUGUUUAAUAUAUGAUUGCAAAUAUUGAUAAAGCAGUUUUAAAAUAAACAAAUGCAAAUGACAUUCGCGAGCACAUGUUUUUAUUAUAAAACCCCAUUUCAAGAAUAAUUUAAUUUUUUUUUUUUUAUGAACUCAAAAAAGAAACUUUAAAUUUGAGACAUUUAUUAUAUUAGUGUUAAAGUUUCAAAUAUUACAAUAAGCAUUAGCAGGGAAAUAUUAAAGGCACGAAAUAGUGUUAAAAAAUAACAAAAGAUUAUUAAAACCAUUUUCUCAUCACUACACGCUGAAUAUUUACAUACUUAUACUAUUUAUUUUUAAACAGAAUUAAUUGUAAUUCUUUUAGUAGAACUAAGGGAAUAGUUUUAAUUUAAUGAAUCAGCGGGUUGGCUAUAUGGUAAAUCAAUUGAUUUUAAUUUCUCUCCAGCUUCCUUCACCUAUAAUUUAAAUAUCGUUGAAAUACUUUUUUAAAUAAUUGUAGUAAUCCCGUUUUGACAUUUUAUUUACCUUAAUAAAUAAAUACCAACUAUUUUUGGUUCUUAUUUUCUUAGAUUCAAUAAAAUAAUACAUUUUUUUCAAAAAUAUUGACUAUUAUCGUAAAUAUCUAACAUAGGAUAAAUCAGUUAUUAAUUAUAAUAAUUUGUAUUAUUUCGACUGGUUUACUUUUAGCAGAGAAUAGUUUUAUUAUUUAUAUAUUGUUAUUAUGAAUUAUAACUUUUGAUAGAAAUUUUAAUUUUAAAACAAAUCUUUAAUUGCUGACAUUUUUUUUUUAUUUAGACUACGAUACAAUUUGCCAAUUAAAACAAGUAGCGCAAGAAAAAAUGAUUUCUAGUGAAGCAAUUUUUGAUAAAUUAAGAUGCGCAUUAACGGUUGUGGAAAACACAAAAGACAUUUACAUUUUUCAAGUUACCCAACAGAACACACAUGAAGAAAAACUAUUAAAUUCGAUAAGGUAUAUUUUUUUUUUCAUAAAAUAUUACGGUAGUUAAAUAUUUAUUAUUAUAUUAUAUAAUGGAUAAUUAUCUAAAUUGUUUCAUUAUAAUCAUAUGCAAGAACAACUAAAGGUCAACAUUUCUUGUGUUUUUAGAUUUAUUAAGUCUUCAAAUCCCUCCUCCUUCCACCAAAAACAAAAAAAUUUAAAAAUGUACAUACAAAAGAAAUAUUAAAUAUUUUUUUUUAAAUUUAAAUAGCCCAUUAAAUUUUAUUGAGAUUAGGUGACAGAGUUCAAAUAAAAUAUUAUCGUUUUAUAUGUUUACAUAAUAUUUCCUAUAGCUUUUUUUUUUUUAUUUUAAUGCAAACAAUUUUUGAAUAUUUUUGAAGUAUUACAAAUGUUUUUUCUUGCAAUAAUUUACUGUUACUAUUCUUUAUAACUAAUGUUAUUAAUAAAUUAUUCUAACUUACACCAGGUAACACCAAAUAAUAUUCAUAAUAUUAAUAAUUAUAUAAGCAAUGGUUUUAUUUUUAUUUGUAUCAUAGAUUGAAUUUGGAAAAUAUUGCGAAAAUCGUUAAAAACUAUGAAUAAGUUCUAUUAAAUACUAUUAUGAUGUAUAAACAUAUAAACAUGCGAAAUAUAAAAUCGUCUACUUUAUUCUAGAUGAGAUAUUCUUUUUGUGCGUAAUCUUUUCUUUUUUUUUUUCAAAUAAUACUUACAAUUUGUGUCAGAAUAGUACAAUAAGAAAAUGUUAUAAUUUAUAUACAAUAUAACUGUGAAUAAUAUGAAGAUGAAAGCCUAAUCUAGAGGGGGGUGUAUUAUAUCUAUAUUAUUUUCUUUAAAAUUAAAUUCGAGAUUGAUUUCAAAUUGCUGUCCGAAUCAGAGUCAAAACACUAUUUUCGUAUAACAUACGCUAAAAAUGAGUGUCAACUAGAACUUUUCAUAUAGGUAUCUAAUUUUAAUUUUACAAUAUUCAUUAUAUAUUUGACUAUUUCUUCCCUAGAUAAACGGAUUGAUAAUAUCGUACGUUGUUUGCAUAUACAAAAGCCUGUGUAAUAAUAUGUGAAUGUCAAACAAAUGAAACUCUGUUAUUGUCAAGUGUAUAAAAACGUAAUUUUAGAAAUUUACGAGCCUUAUUUUUUUAUUAUUGUUCGCGAUGUAUUAUAUUGAUGAGUAUUUAUCAAACGCGGACCACCGUUUAUUCAUAGAUAAUGUCCAAAAGUUCCCAUUAUAAAUAUAUUCUUCUUUUUUUUGUUGUUGUUCGUGGGUCCGUUCAAAAAAUAUCCACCUUAAUCUAGAAUAUUUACAUUUAUUUUUUAAAAAAAAUGCAUAUUUAUCUUGUAUACUUACCUAGUUAUAAUAAUAAUAGAAUGCAAAAGCUUCGUUUAUUUCCGAGAAUAAAUUACGAAUGGCCAAAACAUAUUAUAUUAUAUGGCGACAGUAAAUUUAUAUGUGAAACGUAUCCUGAAUAAAUCAUAGACUUGUCAGAAACGGUUAUUUAUAUUAUAAAACUCGGCCCGUUAUUGUUGUGUCCAUAACAUUAUGUCCACGUGGAAUCAGUUCGAUGAGGAAACGAAAGGAUUUGUCGGUCCCCAGACGGGUAGUACACUAGUAUAGAUUAUAUUAUGCACGUGUGCAUGUUAUUAUAAUAUACAGUUAAUAAAUACCAGUUAUUGAGCUAUACAAAAGUACCUUUAUAACCAAUGUGUUUAGUUUUGCAAAAUACACUGUUGUAAGUGACGAAAGUUAGGAAGGUAUAAAAUAUUAAGCAUAAUUUAUUUAAGACAUUUAGUUUAAACAAAAAGUUUCAAAUAAAAAUGGCAAACAUACUUCGUAUGAUCGGUGGGUCGCUCUUGUAGAUGAGAAGUUGGGAAGGUAAGAUAUAGAGAGGAAUUUAAUGUAUAAAUCUGUACACAACAAUGAUUCUUAUAAAAAAAAUUCUACUUUACACUCAAUCUUUAAAUUCUGAGUGAAGCUAAUAUGUAGUAAUUUUACAAUGAUGUUUAUAAACAUUUUUUUUUGCUGUGGACAACUUUUCUACCAAUAAUUUUACUUCGAUUUACAGUGAUAGCCCUAUUUCUGACUUUAUCUGACUAGGGAGAUAAUUUAGGUAGCUCGUUUUUUAAUUUUCUCCUGAGUUUUCCUAAUAAUUGGGAAAAACCGGGAAUAAACGGGAAAAUGUACGAAAUGUAUUAGUAAAAUGAACUGAUACAGAGGACAGGUGAGAUCACUGUUAAUAAGGUUGGUAAUGAGAAAGGUGUAAUACAUAAAGUUAUUUAAUGUAUGCCUAUAUCCAAUGAUAAACCAUUGAUAACAAAAAACGAUUCGGAGCAGAAUUCGGUUAUACAUGUUUUGAUAAAGGUGGUAAUAUCUACGAUUUUUAUCAAAAUUUGAUUCUAAAACUAUUAUAAAAAAAAAUAAAAUAAAAAAUACUACAUCGAAACUAAUUUUUGAAUAAAUAUAAAAUUAUAGAGCUGUUUGUUUCUUAAAUGUUCUAGAAAACAAAUUCCGAAAAAAUUUAAUACUUUCUAAGAUAAUGAAUGUACACAAUCAGAUAGAUCAUCUGGUACACAGAAAACAAUGAAAUCUAUUUGCAAAUUAUAGCUAUUAAUACAUAACAAAUUUAGUACAAAAUAUAAAGGGGGGCAAUGAUUUUAGUGUUAGGCUCUUAUUUGUUGAUUAUUAUUAAACUAUUAUUGCAUUUAAAUCAUAUUUUAUAAACAACAUUUCAAACUCAAAUUUAAACACCUGUUAUAUUUCAUUUUAUAGUUUAUAUUUAUAUAGUUCAUGACAAUUUUCUGGACAUCGAACAGGGAAAUUCAAAAAAUGAUCUGUAAAAUAUAAUAGACGCCACCUGUGUUUAAUGGUUUCUCCCUAUAAAAAGAUGUAUAUACAUAUUUAUAGUCUACCUAUUAUAAUAAAAUGUCAAAAGAGUCUGAUAAAAAAAAACACAUCAUUGAAAAGCGAAUAAAUUGUCACGCCCAACAAUCAAAAUCAAAAAAGCAAAAAAUAUCAAUCUCGACUAAAUAGUACGGAAAUUGUACUAUUAAUAUUUUUUAUUUUAAUUUUAAAGAGACCUUCAAGAAAAUAUCGAUAAACUAAAAAAUAAAAUUGUUGAAUUUACCGAAGAAGAUAAUGAGGAUUAUUACAAUGUUAACUAUAAUAUAUAUGAAUUCGAUUUAGCAUCAAGUGAGAAACUUAACCUUAUUUCGCAAUUUGAAGAAAUAACUAAUAAAGUAAGAAAUAAUAUUAGAUUAUAAAAGAUUAAUGAUCUAAUUAAGUUAAAUAUUAAAUUUUAUGCCUGCAAUUUUAUGUACAUAUAUACUGUGCUUUUAUAAAAAACAAAAUAAAUAUUUUUGAAAUAAAUUAGGUAAUAUUAUCGUAAACUUUAGUAAUAAAAUAAUAUUUUACUUUAUAUUAAUCGAAUAUUCAGUAUCGAGAGGUAUAAAAAAUAUAUUGUUUUCCCUGCUUCUGUUAUUAUACAAUAUAUUUAAUAAAUGUUUUUACCUACUUUCUGCUAAAAAAUAUCUAAAUAUUUUAACGAUAUGAGAAAUAUUGGUAUAAUAUAUUUUACAUAGAAUCCAAAAGUCUCGUGUAGAAUAUACUAUAUGUAAAGGUACCGAGGUGAGUAAUUAACGAAAGUUAAACUUAAGUUUAACCAUUAUAAACAAAAUUUAAAAAAAUAAAUCCUUUUUUCGAAACUUACGAGGAAAAUAUUUAAAAAACGAAAAGAAUAUAAUAAUAAUUAUUACUAUUAAAAACAAUAGUAGUUUUCUAGUGAUCGGCAAACUACAGUAUACAUAUAUAAUAACUUGCUAGUAUGGUAUUAUAGUUGUUAUUAUUUACUAACGACCGACGUUUAUAAACUGAAAACUUUUUAAUAGUUCGCUAUUUUGUUGCAAAAUAUCACCAAUACGCCUUUAUAGAAUCACUUGUAUUGUUUUUCCGUGAUAACCCUUUUUAUUAUUUCUGAAUAAAAAUAUAGAGUUAAAUAUCAUAUAAUCACUUCAAUUCAUAUAAAUUAUUCAUUUAAGCAUUCAUGAUGUAGGCUAUAGCGAUGCUAUUUAUUUAAAAACAUAAAGAUAAUCCAAUAAUUAAACUACAUUAAAUUUAAUACCUAUAUGCAAUCAUAUUUUUUACUGACAAACUAUGUACUAAUUAAUCCAAUUAAAUACAUUCAUAAUAUACAGCAAUCGAUUUAAAUAAGUAUCCAAUUACUGUCAAUAAUAUACCUAAUAGAUGCCUAGUACCUACUUUAGCAUAAUAUUGUUUAAUUACGAAUAGACAAUAUGGGAUUAAUUAAAAUAAUAUGAUUUAUUAUACAUAUGAACUACAUGGUUAUGCCUCUAUGGAAUAUUUUAUUAAACUUUACCUAUAUGGUUUUUGUCAAAUUUAUAGAAUCAUCAACUAGAUGGAAUAAGUUUUCUGUUUAAAAAAUAAACUCUGCAAGCGAUACUUUUUUUUGUUGUAGCUGUAAUAUUCAACUUUCCCCGUAUCUGGUCAAAUACAAAAAUGUCUAGGUGAAUUAAUAUUAAUCUAUCGAACUUUUUAUUACUUUAGAUACAAGUAUUGGAGACGGAAAAAUAUGAAUUGCGGUGGUUAUUAGACUCCAGUAUUUACAAACUACAGCAAGAAGAAAAGGAAAAAAAAGAAAGACAAAAAAGUCAAAUAAAUUCAGAAAUAUAUGAAAGACAGCAGCUAUUGGAUUUAAUAAAUAAAGAAAUAGAAAAUGUUCAAGUCAAGAUAUCGCGUUGUAAAGAUAACUCUGCGGCAGUUAUUACCAUGAAUAAUAAAUUUGAUGUCUCUAUUAAAGGUAUAAUAUUAUUAUUAGUUAAUAGUUACACUUAAGACACAUAAUAAUUAUAAUGUCAUAUCAAAUAGUUUUACAAACAUUUUUUCGUGAAGAAAUGAUUGAAAACCACGGGAAAACUCUUGAGCGAUUAAUAAAAGAAAAUGGUGAACUCACUUCGACCGAAGUAAGAUAUCAUAAUACUCGUAAUAUGGCAUUUUAUCAUAUUUACCAGGAAUAUAUAAAUAAGUAUAGAUGCACAUAA